GAGCUGGGCUCGGAGCAGUGUGUGCAUGUGUGUGUGUGUAUGUGUGUGUGUGUAUGUGUGUGUGUGAGCGGUAUCUAGGAGGUUUACUCCAUGCCGGUACCUCGGUCCAACCGAUCAACAACCCGGGAAUAACGCCGCCGAUCCGCCGUCCCGCAGCGAUGGAGCAGGUAUCAGAUGAGGAGGUGGAACAUGCGGGUGAGGAGGCGGACAGCGAUGAGGAGGACCAGGAUCUAGACCAAAUGUUUGGAGCAUGGCUAGGGGAGCUGGAGAAACUCACCAAGAGUCUGGAUGAUGGCCGCCCUGAUCGUCCAGGCCAGCAGAAGGCUCCUCUCAGACAGGAGAGCAACAUGGCCAACCUGUCCUACCGCUUCUCCGUCUACAACAUCAACGAGGCUCUGAACCAGAGGGAGGGUGUGGACCUGGACUCUCUGAUGGCCGACCUGUGCUCCAUAGAGCAGGAGCUCACCACGGACAGCAGCAAGACCAGCCGGCUGGGCCUGACCGACACCAAGGUCCGUCAGAAGCCCCCCGCAGGUCGCAGUGCCCGAGCAGACCCAGCAGGGGACGGGGGGGGCAGCGGGGGCAGCAGCGCCCGCGUCUCUCCGGCUGGCACAGUGCGCGGCCCCAACCCCACUCACUGGAGACCCCCCCUCGCAUCCAACUUCAGCCUGGAGGACAUCACCGCCCAGCUGGAGAAGGCCUCUCUGAGUAUGGACGAAGCUGCGCGGCAAAGCUCCUCCCACUCCUCCACCAGCUGGUCUGCUCCCAUGAGAGGCCAGGCCACCUCCCAGCACCACCACCGCAGGACCGGAUCUGUAGGCACCGUCAGCGAGCACGAGGCCCGCCUGGUUGCCCACUCUUCGCGCUCCUCUGUGGCCUCUGCCUCGGGGGCGUCUGUUAACUCCGCCUCCUCCAUGGACUCAUUGGACAGAGUGCUGCGCUUCGCCCCAUCAGACGCCAACCACUCUUUGGCCACACCCCCUCCCGAAGGAACCAAUCAGGGGCCGGCUAGUACAGAGCAUUCCUAUCUGGACAGUGAGACCUCUCUGAUUCUAAAGAACAUGGCGGGGAAGCCUUCCCACCUGCUCACUAAGGAGGAGCAGGCAGCUAAGACUAAAGCUGAUAACAUCAGAGUUGCUUUGGAGAAGAUUAAGGAAGCCCAAGUUAAAAAGCUGGUGAUCCGUGUUCAUCUAUCGGAUGAGAGCUCUAAAACCAUGAUGGUGGACGAGAGACAGACGGUCAGACAGGUUCUAGACAAUCUGCUGGAUAAGUCUCAUUGUGGCUUCAGUCCCGACUGGUCUCUCGUGGAGACCAUCCACGAACUGCAAAUGGAGCGUGUUUUUGAGGACCAUGAGAACCUGGUGGAGAACCUCCUGAACUGGACGAGAGACGGACAGAACCGGCUCAUGUUCACCGAGCGCAUGGAGAAGUACGCUGUCUUCAAGAACCCUCAGAACUACUUGUUGGGGCGGAAGGAGACGUGUGAGAUGGCUGACCGGAAUAAAGAAGCCUUACUAGAGGAGUGUUUUGGCGGUGGCUCUGUGUCGGUGCCGGAGAUGGAGGGUGUGUUGUGGUUGAAGGAAGAUGGGAAGAAGUCGUGGAAGAAGCGCUACUUCCUUUUGCGAGCGUCAGGGAUUUACUACGUCCCCAAAGGCAAAGCCAAGGCAUCCAGGGACCUGGUGUGUUUCCUCCAGCUGCACCAUGUCAACAUCUACUAUGGUCAGGACUACAGGAGCAAAUACAAAGCGCCCAGUGACUACUGCCUGGUGCUGAAGCAUCCUCAGAUACAAAAGAAGUCUCAGUACAUCAAGUAUCUCUGCUGUGACGACGUCAGAACGCUCCAACAGUGGGUCAACAGUAUUCGUAUCGCCAAGUACGGGAAGCAGCUGUACCUGAAUUUCCAAGAGGUCACUAGAAGAUCAGACGCAGCAUAUGAUUGGUCCUCACUGUCUUCUUCCUCCAUCCAAUCAGGAUCCAGCAACUCAAGCAUGCCAGAGUCUCAGUCAAACCACUCCAGCCAAUCAGACAGUGGCGUCUCAGAGAUGACAUCAUCAUGCCAUGCCUGCUCUCAGAGUGUGGUCAGCUCAAUCUUCUCUGAUGCCUGGAGGAGAGGAGAGAUGCUGAGGAUUGACCCAAUCAGUCGACCAAUCCCAGUCCAGAUACCCAGCAUGCCGCAGUACCCCCCCUCUCAACCCCCCCCCUCUCGAAAUAGCUACACGGGCAACACCUCCCCCUCCGAGGAGUGUCCCCCAUCCCCCCCCCUGCCCGGCUCCUCCCCCAUGGCGGCCCCCGGGAUGCAGUUGAAGUACAGCACCCUGGCCCACCCCCUCCCCCGGGCCCAGUCCGCCGGUCCCCUCCCCCCCAUGGCCCCCGCUCUGCCCGACCGCCCCGGGUACAACACCCUCCCUGCUGCCUACUGCACCCCUCCCCCGUCCCAAACCCUUCCUGCCCCCGUCUUCUCCGCCCUGACGCUGGGACUCGCUCCUCCUCCCCCCCCGCCAGAGGAGGAGGAGGAGCUCCUCCCCCCUCCCCCCUCCCCUCCCUCGCCCCCAUCCCCCCCCCACUCCUCUCUCUGCAACGCCGGCCUGCAGGAGUUCCUCUCCCACAAGUUCCCCCACAUGGAGUACGACUUCAGCUCCCACCAGGAGGACUCUCCUCCCCCUCCCCCUCCCCCUCCCCAGCUCUCUCCCCCUGCCUCCCUCCAGUUCCUCCCCCCUGCUCCUCCCAAGAGCUUCAGCGGAGGCUUCCCGCCACAGACAGCCCGCAAGCCCUCUGGCCCCUCCUCACUCCCCCUCGCCAUCUCCCCGCUCUCCCCCCUCUCCCCGACUCCCCCAUCACACAGCCAUGGACCAAUGAGGAAGCAGCAGAGCUUCUCUGCAGGUCACUCCCCCAGCCAGCCCCCCCCCACCCUCCCCAAGCAGCACAGCCUCUCCUCCCGGCAACUCCCCCUCUCCACUCCCGCUUCAUCCCCCUCCUCUUCGUCCUCACUCUCACUGGUUGCCGCGGCGACCUCCUCCUUGGUCAAACAGAUAGUGAACCAGUUCCCAGGGAACUCCCCCCCCUCCUCCUCCUGCUCCGCCCCCCUAUCCCCCCCGGCCGUCAAAACCAAGCCCCGGUGGGGGCGGGGGGGCAGCGUGGCGCUCCACUCCCCAGAGUUCCCCCCUCCCCCCUCGGAGAGUGACUUCCCCCCUCCCCCCCUGGGAGUGGGGGGCUGCUCCUCCAAACCCCGGCCCCCUGCCCUCCAGAGGGCCUCCAUCAUGCGGGUCGACUCCCAGGAGGAGCGGCCCAAGAAGGUGGACAGUCUGGUCAGCCUGUUUGCCAAGACGCCCCCCCCCUCCUCCUCUGGCGCCGGCUCUCCUUCCAAAGACUCCUCAUCUACUCCUCCCAAGCCGGGCAAGCUGAACCUGGCCACGCUGCCCCUGGUGCUGCAGGGGCUGCAGACAGGACAGCACCGCCAGCCCUCCCCCCCAUCUCCUCCUCCGCAGCACCUCCACUCCUCCCCCGACUACUUCCCUCCUCCUCCCAGCGACUCUGAGCUGUUUCCUCCUCCUCCUCUCCUCAGAGCGGAGUUUGCUUCCCCACUCUCCCGCGUGGCCGUGGUCAACCCCCAGCCCCAGCAGCCCUCCUCCUCCAGCCCUGCAUCGUCAUGGAAACAGGGCAGCUCUCUGAAGAAGGGGGCGGGCGCCGCGCCCAGUAGGAGGAGCAGCGGCACGCCCCUCUCGCCUCCCCCUCUCUCCCAGACCCCGCCCCCCUCCCUCUCCUCCUACUGCCCUUCCCCUGUACCCCCCACCUCCCCCAAGGCGGCGGCGCCACCCGGCCUGGCACUGCAGCCCCACUUCCUGGAGGACCUCAACCGCACGCUGAAGAGGAAGUCGGUGUCCCGGCACGGCGUCCUGGCUGCCGCCGGCCUCCUCCCCGCGCCCUCCAAGACCGAGCCCAUGGGCACGGUGGACGAUCUGGCCCUGCUGCCCCCCCCCCCUCCGGAGCUGCUGCAGAGCCAGAAGAGGGCGGGCCACAGCCAGACCCUCUCCCGCCACCACACCCGCUCCCAGUCCGCCAAACACGCCCACAUCUCAGGCUAUGCAACGCUGCGCCGCGGGCCGCCCCCAGCCCCGCCCAAACGGGACCAGAACACCAAGCUGACCGGGGAGUGGUAGGGGCCCCGGACCAGGACUCAGACUGGCCCACAGGCCGUCUGGACCCCUGGACCAGGACUCAGAUCGGCCCACCAGGAGGUCCUGACCCCCCGGACCAGGACUCAGACUGGCCCAUAGGCAGUAUGGACCCCUGGACCAGGACUCAGACCGGCCCACCACGAGGUCCGGAGCCCCCCGGACAAGGACUAAGGACCGAGCAGAUCGAGGAGGCCCUGACCCCCCGGACCAGGACUUGAGGACCGAGCUGACCCAGAGGUCCUGACCCCCCGGACCAGGACUUGAGGACCGAGCUGACCCACUUCCAUCUCCCUGUCUGUCCCCUUGUUGUCCUUCCACUGCGUGUUUACCCCCCAGUCCUCAAAUAUAAUACCCUGAUCAUACUAGAACACCCACCCAGCUUUCCCAGGUUUAGCAGCUUAGCAUUAAAAUAAAAUGGAGUGGACGACGGACGGAGGCUUUGUGCUCCGAGCAGCAUGAGCCAGGAAGAGGUAUCGUUACCGUAGCAGCCAGUUCAGACCAGUGUGAGGUGGGGGGGGCACCGUCGGAGGGGGCAUUGCCAUUUAAAGUUCAAAUUGUGUGUUUUUAUAUUAGAUUAUUUAAUACCUAAAAGCUAUUGUUGUUUUUGAAUUCCUUUAUGUUUAUGGGAAGUGUAGUACGGCCGUUGACGGGCAGUGAAUCUGUGUUCUGGGAGUUGAUCCAUUGAUCUGCGAGGUAGCCUAGCCAGCUAUCCUAGUAAGUUAGUUAGUUAAAGGGAUACUUCAUCGGUGGAGAUAUGAAGGUUAUAUGAACUAAAUAAUUAUAUGUAUUAUAAAUGUGCAAAAAAAAUGAAAUCCAUUCAUUCUAGCCUGAGAAAAGGCAAAAAGUGUCUCUCUGGCUCAAAAGUAAGAAAUCCUCCAACUACCAAAGUGCAUUGCGCUCGCUGCACCGCCCGCCUGUUAACGUUUGGAGGGGGAAGGACCCAUGUUCCUAGCGCGAGUGGUAGUGCGAGUGAACUUUGUGUAAACAUUUCCCUGUGAUGAUACGUUCUAGUUUAGACUUCUGCCCCUGUUUUUCAAACGCAUCAUUUGUAUAUUACUGUACAGCAUAAAAACAUUUGCUAAUUACAGUAGCUCAGCAUAUCAAGUAUUUGUACUCAACCUUUUCUCCCCAGUUUAAAUAAGUAUUUAUCUUAUAAAGUAGGCGUACUUUAGUAUAACAGCACUUGUGAUUUGUUUAACAGGGUUGGUAAACAAAUCACAACAACCAACAUGAAUUUGAACUUUUAUUCAUGAAAAUAUAUGAACUAUUUACAGAAAAUAAACGUGUGUUUGCUAGAGUCAAAAUAGUCACAGCUCAUCUUGAGCAUCUAUUGUCUCCUGAUAGCCACGGUACUGCCCAUCUUGUGCUGGGUAAUUAGCUGUGAUGGCCUGGACAACACAGGAAGCCGAUACUUUCUAAGAAAGAAAGAGACCAACAUUAGCAAAGCAAGAUAAAUUAUGUCUAGAGUAGCCUAUACAGCAUUACACAGACUUCAAGCUAACGUAACGUAGCCUAUGCUCUGCCAAUAAGAUCGGCUACUUUUGGAUAGCUACGUCAUGUUCCCCAGGCCUCAAACUGUUGUAGCAAAUGUGUAAUUAAAAAAACCAACACUUACUCUAUGCUCAGACGUCUGUUUCUCCCGGCGGGCAUUGGUUGGCGUUUCCAGUACUCUUUCUGGGUCCGGAAAUAUGUAUCUAAUACCCAACUGUUCAGAGGAGGCUAAAGCCUGGGGGAGAGGUUACACACAUGGCCCCGUCCCCGCCAGUAUCAGCCAUUUAUUCUAGAAGAAACUGGCAUCGCUGAAAUUCGCUGCAGCACAGGGACUCUGUGUUAGUAUCUAUAGGCGAACAGAGCAUACCGGAGCGCUCUGGCUCCUCGUCCUCAGCAACAGGCAAGGCUUGUUCAGCUGCAGCCGCAGCAGCCUCCUUCUCUAUUCGUGUCAAUUUUUCCUGGCUGUAUCCUGGCUUGUACUAAUAGCCCUGAGGGUCCAAAUCCAACAAUAGAUUUUCAAAAUCCACUUUGGUUGUUUCACAUUCCAAAUUUGUUCUCUAGCUAAGCGGUGAAGAAACAUGGCGGAUAUUGUGUUUACAUCUUGU